AUGAGAGACAUGGGUUCUUGUGUUGGAGAAUAUGCAAUACAAUUAUCAGAUUCAUCUUCAUCAUCAUCUUCAACCUUCUUCCACACCCAAUCCUCUGUUCCAUCCAUCCAAAUCCAAGUUUCAUCAGUCUACACAAUCAUCCCAUCAAAAUCAAACCAUCUAAUUACAAUCUCCGUUACAUGGACCAAAACCAGCUGCACCUUCAACUUCGGUGAAGACCCAUCAACCUCAAUAUCCAUUCAAUUCAACACAAAUUCCACAAGUCUAUUCAGGAAGAACAAGAAGAAGAACAACAAAGGUAAUAGAUCUUUCAAAUUUCGCAAUUCAGAGAUUGAUAUCAUCUGGGAUCUUUCCUCAGCCAAGUAUGAAAACCUAGGACCUGAACCGGUCAGUCGGUUCUAUGUUUUAAUCAUGGUGGAUUCCGAAUUGGGGUUGAAACUUGGAGACAUGGCGGAUGAAGCUGUUUCUAGAAAAUUCAAGAACAGGGUUUUGGUUGCUAAAUGUUUGUUGGUUUCUAGGAGGGAAAAUUUCUUGGGGAACUCUGAUGUGCGAUUAAUGAAGGCUAAGUUCAGUGAAAAUGGAAGUCCUCAUGAGGUUUCGAUUAGAUUUGGUCGAGAGAAAUUAGGGUUGAGGAGUCCAACGUUGUCGGUUUGGAUUGAUAGGAAGAAUGUGAUUAGGGUGAAGAGACUUCAAUGGAAUUUUAGGGGAAAUCAGACCAUUUUUCUUGAUGGGUUGUUGAUUGAACUCAUGUGGGAUGUUCACGACUGGUUCUUUGCCGGUGCCGGAGACGGUGCCGGAGCCAGUGUCGGUGGGGUGUUCAUGUUCAGGUCGAGAAGUAAGGGAGUUGACAGCAGGCUAUGGAUGGAAGCAGAUUUGAUGAAUCAGAAGGAUGAAUUCUCGUUGGUGAUUUGUGCUGCUAACUGUUCUUAA